AUGAAUAGUCUACAAGGUACGCUACUUUCUCAAAUCGAUGAAUGGCAGAAUCAAAUUAUGGAAAAAGUGCAUCAAUCAGCUGACGAGGCAAGAAACCAAGUGAAAGAAUUACUGCUUAACAAAAUUAAGGAUGUAGAGCAAGAACUUGAAGAAAUAACUAAACAAUUGCAAAAACUCCAAGAAACGAAGAACUAUGUUGAAAAAAAUAUUAAAUUAAUCGAAGAAAACUUCGGUUUACUUCGAGAAAAGUUUAGCCGAAUAACUGAACCACCAUCUAUUAAGUUGGAUGUAGAGCGAACUAAACAAAUCGAUUGGAGUUCUCUUAUCUGUGUCGACAACGCUGAGAAAAAGGUAAACGUACGUUGUUCAUCAGCACAUAUCAAAUGUCCUUGGUUAGGAUUACAGAAUCAACUUGAAGAUCAUUUGAAAACAUGCAUUUUCGAGCCUCUUCGAUUGGAAAUUGAAACAUUGAAUAAACAAACAACGGAACAAAAAACUCAAAUAGAGAAUUAUAACACUGAGAUUCGACGAUUGAAUGUGCAGUUGCAACAAUGUCACGAUCAAAUUCCCAAAUAUACACAUGAGAUCGACCAACUGAAAAAGGAGCGGGAACAAUUGAAGACUCAAAUCCGUAACAACGGAUCUGAUAUUCCACUGCUAAAAAGACCAAUACAACAGUUGCGUAUCAAAGCCAAAGAAAAAGAACAAAAACAAGAAUUUGCUCCACCAGGUGCUUAUCAGAUACUUGAUCGAAAUUAUGUAUUUCUCAUGUUAUCAUUGAUUAACACAAUAUCUGCAAGUAUUUAUUCCGAAAAGCGAAAAGUAGAUGAACAAAACUAUUGUCAUCAGCAACCAUAUAUUGUAUAA